AGUAAAAGGCGGAAGCAGGCAUUGGGGGCGGCCUCCGUGGAAUCGGAGACUUGCGCUCUCAUGGAAGCAGUUAAGUGUUCGGAGCACGGGAUCGUCUGCCUUCUCAAGACCGGCGUCCGCGAUGGCCCGAAUAAAGGAAAGAGCUUCUAUGUGUGCCCGGCUAACACCUGCAGCUUCCUGCUUGCAGCCGAUAUUCCUGUUUCUCAUUGUUUAUUGCAUGAGGACUGUGUGGUAGGGCUUCAGGGUUUGCUUCUACCGCCAGGCAAGGAAGAAUAUAGAUUGUUCUUCCAGUGCCUUAGAAGUAAGGCGGCGGGGAAGCAAUGGUGCGGAAGUAUCCCAUGGCAGGAGCCUCGUUCCAAAGAACAUUCUGUGACCAGCAAGUCUCACCAUGCCUCUGAGCCUCUUCAUUAUCUUUCCACCCAGCAGAGAAACCCAUUCAAGGUACUGGACAAGAAUCAAGAACCGUCCCUCUGGAAACAGUUCACCAAAGGUGAAGGGGAGGAGAAGAUGGCUGAUAAGAAGCAAAAGGACAAGGGAGAUGGGCUCGUGGAUCAAAAGAAGGAACGGAAGCCUGAAUCCAACCGCCGGAUGAAGCAAGACCUCUCGUGUGGCCUGGAGGUAAAGAGAAAACAGCCUGCACCUCAAGAGCAGCAGCGAGAGGAGAAGACAGAGUGUCAGUGGGAAGCAAGGGAGACUGAAGGGACGCACACAAGAGAUCCGUCCGAGGCUAAACCCGAGCAGCGCCGUGGUGAGGAGCAGAGAAAACCAUCUGGGCCUCUUCAGGAGAAAUCAGACGUUGAAAGUCAUCGUGUCCAAAAAAAAUCAGAGCCUCUGAGGGAAAAGGAAACCAAGCCUUUGCCUGGAAGUAUUCACAGUCAGAACCCAAUAAGCAAGGCCCAGAAAGGGGAACACGUGAGCAAAGAGCACCCCAAGAGCCGGGAGGCAAGAGAAACAAAGGCAAGGGACGACCCAAGCUCGCAGACCAACCGGCAGUCGGAGCCUGGGGACGGGCCUGCUCCGGGACCAGCCUCGACGUGUGCACCACCGGGCGUGGGGCGCUCCUUGGGGCAGAGGCCACAAGCGGCCUCCAGCCAUGGUGACCAUGAGGAGAAUAAUGCUGCUUUCGGUUCCUCCAAGCCUCCCUUGUUCUUUGACUCAACUCUGGACUCCCGGAAGGAGGGGAACCUUCCAUUCCCUGGUCAAAGCGUGCAAAGAAAAACAUCUCCUGCAUCAGGUGUUUCCAGGAAGGCGGAGCCUUCGGACCCAGCAGCCCAGCGUGUGUACCUCACAACACAACUGAAGCAAAAGAAGAGCACACUGAAGUCGGUGGACAUCCAGGCUCUUCCAGACAAGGGUCAGAAGUUGCUCAAGCAAAUUCAGGAGUUGGAGGAAGCCCUUGGUGCUCUUGCCCUCUCCUCAGAGCCAGACACUAAUGAGAAGAGUAACCUUCCAGGACUGCAACAGAGAAACUCCACCAAAACUACCACUGACCCCCCUCACUUGGUGCCUGCCCAACCCCUGCAGGGUCAGGGUCUGCAGUCUCUGGGUUCUCAGGGACUGAGGGCUGCCUGCCCGGGAGCUGCUGGGGGAUCCGGUUGGUGCUUUGGAGGCCCUACGAAACAAGACGGCCCUCAUGCCACAUGGAAAAUCAUAAGUAAAGCCAUCGAUGAGCUGCACGCGUCACUUGAGUCGCGGCCCGGUGAGACGGCUGUGGCAGAGGACCCGGCUGGGCUGAAGGUCCCUUUGCUGCUGCAUCAGAAGCAGGCAUUGGCCUGGUUGCUAUGGCGGGAAAGUCAGAAGCCACACGGAGGAAUUUUGGCGGAUGAUAUGGGAUUAGGGAAAACCCUGACAAUGAUUGCGCUCAUCCUGACCCAGAAGAAUCAAGAGAAGAACAAAGCAGAGGACAAAGGCACGGCAUUGACUUGGCUUUCCAGAGAUGACUCCUGUGAGUUCACUUCCCGUGGAACGCUGAUCAUCUGUCCUGCUUCCCUGAUCCAUCACUGGAAAAACGAGGUGAUGAAACGUGUGAGCAACAACACGCUAAGAGUCUGUCUCUAUCAUGGGCCCAAUCGGGAUCAACGUGCAAAAGUCCUCUCUUCAUAUGACAUCGUGAUCACUACCUAUAACCUUCUGGCCAAGGAGAUUCCCACACAGAAAGGAGAGGGAGUGAUCCCUGGUGCAAACCGCAGUGUGGAGAAGGACAGUGCGAAAACACCUUUGCUGCAAAUAGUCUGGGCUCGAAUCAUAUUGGAUGAAGCUCACUGUGUGAGGAACCCCCGAGUGCAGACUUCCAUGGCUGUGUGCAGUCUCCAAGCCCGGGCCCGCUGGGCUGUCACUGGAACCCCCAUUCAGAACACCUUGUUGGACAUGUAUUCACUGCUCAAAUUUCUUCGUUGUUCUCCAUUCGAUGAUUUACGGCUGUGGAAGAGCCAGGUUGACAAUGGUUCAAAGAAAGGAGGAGAACGGUUAAGUAUUUUAACCAAGAGCCUUUUGCUGAGGAGAACAAAAGACCAGCUGGACUCCACUGGCCGGCCCUUGGUGAUGCUGCCCCAGCGGAAAUUUCAAGUGCACCAUUUAAAGCUUUCUGACGAUGAAGAGAAUGUUUACAGUGUCCUUUUGGCAAGAUCAAGGUCAGCUCUGCGGUCCUAUCUAAAAGGGCAUGAAUGCGGGGGCAACCAAUCUGGAAGAAGCCCUGAUAAUCCCUUCAGUAAAGUGGCCCAGGAGUUUGGGCCCAGUGGGCCUGGGCCCCGGGUGGUGGCAGACUCGCAGAGAUCCGGCACCCCCCACGUGCUGUUGACCCAGUUGCUGAGACUUCGCCAGUGUUGCUGUCACCUGUCUCUGCUGAAGUCGGCCCUGGACCCGGCAGAACUGAAAAGUGAGGGCCUCGCCCUUUCUCUGGAAGAGCAGCUCAGUGCUAUGACGUUGUCUGAACUCUGUGACACGGAGCCGUCUCCCAUCAUUUCCCUUAACGGUGAACAGUUCAAGGCAGAGCUUUUUGAGAACACAAGAGUGAGCAGCAAGAUUUCAUCUCUGUUGGUGGAAUUGGAGGCAAUCCGAGGAAAUUCAGCGUCCCAAAAGAGUGUCGUGGUCUCCCAGUGGACCAGCAUGCUGCAGGUCGUAGCGUGGCACCUGAAGAGGCAUGGCCUGACUUUCGCCACCAUCGACGGCUCUGUCAACCCCAAACAGAGAAUGGACUUGGUGGAGGCCUUUAACAGCUCCAGGGGCCCCCAGGUUAUGCUAAUCUCUCUCUCGGCUGGAGGUGUGGGUCUAAACCUGACUGGAGGAAACCACCUUUUUCUUCUGGAUAUGCACUGGAAUCCAUCACUUGAAGACCAGGCCUGUGACCGAAUUUACAGAGUCGGGCAGCAGAAAGAUGUUGUCGUUCACAAAUUUAUUUGUGAGGGAACAGUGGAAGAGAAGAUCUUACACCUCCAAGAGAAGAAGAAAACUUUGGCCAAACAGGUCCUAUCAGGAUCUGGCGAAUCUGUCAAGAAGCUCACUUUGGCCGACCUCAAAGUCCUUUUUGGCAUCUAACUUCCUGUGUAUAGGGCUCAGGGUGGUGCCGCUGCGGGUUUGCAGUAGGGUCUGGAACAGUGACCUACACAUGGCCCUCUGAGCCCUCUCGGCUUCUCAUUUCACUGGCAAGCCCUAGGCCCUCCCUGGAAGGAGGCGCCAUCUUAUCCCUGGAACUGGGCGCCGGUGAUCACGUCAACCAGUUGGCUCGUCAGUCAGGUGAAUCAAUCGACUUACUUAAGGGUGACGUAGAAGCCAAGAAAUUACUUCAGAAAAAAGAACAUGCCUUAGAGUUAGACAAUUUUGGAAAACGACACCAGGGGAGUUGUACAAAAGCUUCAGUAAAAGCUCAAAAAGCCCUCCGUUGCCUUUUUCCUCUCAGCUCAUGGGAGACCAGUGUUCCUACCCUUUCCAAGGCCGUCUCGCCCUCUCUUCUGCCAGGGAGGCUGCUCCUUUUAACCUGUCUCUGGGCAGGGCGGAGAGAGGACCCCGAGGCCAAGCCUCUGCAGCUGUCUCUGGCCAGACAGUCCUGCCGCACCUGCGUCAGAGCAAGGAGGUGCUUCUUCCGUGAACAGAUGCCUGGUAUGGGUAUCCUCGUACCAUCCGGUAUUUGGUAUCGUUUCACUUCAUGUUGUUCCAUCGUUUCCUGUUGUUGUAGUAUCAUGUGCUGCUUGUGAAAUGAAGUUUACUACCUGGCAUUUUUACGGUACAGGCAGACCUCCCUUUGUUGCACCUUGCAGAUACUGCAUUUCUUGCGACAGUGUUUGCUCACUUCAUGGCUGUGUCCCAUUUUGGUAAUUUUCGCAGUGUGUCAGGCUUUUCUGUCGUUAUUAUAUUUGAAUUGCUGCGAUCUCAUGAUAAAACUUGAACAGAUGAGGAACUGGUGAAUGAGCCAAGACCGUGGAUUCUUGAGAUGGAAUCUCCUCCCGGGAAGACACUGAAGAUUGUUGAAAUGACGACAGCGGAUUUAGAAUAUCACAUAAAUUUCAUUGCUAAAGCAGAGGCAGGGUUUAAGAGGAUUGACCGUAACUUUGGGCAAAGUGUAAGCCGUGGGCAAAGUGCUAUCGAACUGCAUUCCAUGCUACAGAGAAAUCACUCAUGAAAGGAAGAGUCAGUCGAUGGGGCAAACUUCACUGUCCCCUUACUUUAAGAAAUUACCGCAACCAGCACCCUGAUCGGUCAGCAGCCGUUGACAUUGAGGCAAAACCCUCCACCAACUCGCUGAGAGCUCAGAUGAUGGUUAGCAUUUUUAGCAAUAAAAGAUUUUUUUUUUCAAAAUAUUUAGAGAACACACGCGAGUGGGGUGAAGGGCAGAGGGAGAGAAUUUCAAGCAGACUCUACUGAGUGUGGAGCCCAACGUGGAGCUUGAUCCCACAACCCUGAGAGCAUGACCCAAGCCAAAACCAAGAGUCAGACACCCAACUGACUGAGCGACCCAGGUGCCCCAGCAAUAAAAGAGCUUUUCAUCGUACUGUUUUUUAGACAUGCUGUUGCACAGUUAAUAGAUGACGGUAUAGUGUAAAUAUGAUUUUUAUAUGCACUGGGAAAUCACGAGAUUCAUUUGACUAGCUUUACUAUCGUAUUUGCUGUAUUGUGGUCUGGAACUGAACCUGCAAUGUCUAAGGUAUUCUGUAUUUGCAUUUUUACAAAUUUACAGUAUUUGUAGCACGUAGUGUCAUUCUCUCAGUUAGUACUGUAUCAUUUAGUAGUUGUGUUAUGGUUGGUAUAAUCCACUAAAUGUGUGCUUGACAGCAUAGCGGAGAUAAUAUUGUGUGUUUGCUAACGCCCGUUUCCUUUUCUUCCUGGGCACCCAGAGAGACUACAUUUCCCAGUGUUCAGUGCAGUUACGUGGGCCCAUAUUACUGUGUUCUAGUCAAUGGAAAGAGGAGAGAGGUGAUGUAAGUCAUUCUUAUCUCCCCUCCAACUUUACAAGUGAUUCAUCACACUGUUUCCUCCCUCAUCGGCCCACUAAAUCCAAGGAACUGAUGGAAGCCUAUGAGGCCCUAGAGAAGCCACUAGAUCAGGGAUUCUUAACCUACUUUGGGGCCAUGGACCCUUUCGGCUGUCUAGUAAGCCUCAGUCCCCGAGCGACUGGAACAAAGCUUUCUGCAUGUGUGCCUCCCUUCUCACCCCUGCUCACCCACAUAGCGCUAUCACAUGAUCAAGAAAUAAAAUUUUUUUUAAGUCA